AUGGCGGCAUUCUGUCUGCUCGGCCUUCUGCUCAUCGCGUGCGUACUCACCGCCGGCGGCGACGACGGGGCGACCCUUCCCCACCUCCAGCUUCCGGGCACCCCCGACCCGAGCCGUGGACACGGGUCCGACGCGCCGACGCCGCAGGGGCGGCUCAUGGACAUCAUGUCCACGAGCGGCUGCGGGAGGUUCGCGGCCCUCGUCGCCGCGACGCCCAACGCCAGCGACGUCUUCCAGCAGCGCCUCGUACAGGGCGGCGGAGGGCUCACCGUCUUCUGCCCCGACGACAGCGCGGUCGCCGCCUUCGAGCCGACAUUCCGAGCCCUCGCCGACAGCGACCGGGUCGCCGUGCUGCUGCACCACGGCGCCGCAGGGCUCUACGGCCCGGCGCGGCUCGCCGGCUUCGCGUGGGUGGGCGUGCCCACGCUGGCCGUCGCCGACGCGGCCACCAACGAGAUGCAGACCGUCCUCGUCUGCGACUGCUGCGACAGGAUGAGGCUGUGCGUGUCGUCAAUGUGGCCACGGGCCGGCAAGGCCACGGUUACGAAGACGGUCUCCUCGGAGGAGCCCCCCCUCGUCCUUUACGUCGCGGACGCCGUGCUGCUGCGAGAUCUUGAGAAGCUGGAUGGAGGAGAGGAGAAGGCGGCGGCGCAAGGUGCCGGUGGGUACCUUGGUUGGCUGCAAUGGCAGUACUGCGGCAACCUGCCCGGGUUGGCGCUGUGGUGGAUCGGAUCGGGCGUCGCGGGCUCCCUGAUCGGAACAUGGAUGGUUAGACGCGGGAUCUAG